AUGUCCAGGUACGCUAAAGAUGGACAUACAGGAUUCUAUAAAUUAGUUGGUGCUGUAUUCCACUCAGGUGGACUUGGAGGAGGACAUUAUACAGCAGCUGCAUUAGACCAAUCUACAAACUCUUGGUACAACUUCAAUGAUUCUAGCGCUACACCAAUAUCAGAGUCUAGCGCACAUUCAAGGAGUGCGUAUAUUUUAUUCUAUCAAAAAGAAUAA